GAGGCGGCCGUAGACCUCUGCCCGCUCGAGAACUACGAAUCGCCGAUCCGCACCAUGGACGCCAACUGGCAGCCCGUGCAGGGGGCCAACCCCCCCGACGGCGUUGACCCGAACGCCGCCGCCGUCGCCGGAGGCGACUGGCGCGCCCAGCUCCAGCCCGAUGCGCGCAGCAGGAUCGUCAACAGGAUAUUGGAAACUCUGAGGAGGCAUUUGCCAGUAUCAGUGCCAGAGGGGUUGAACGAGCUUCAAAGAAUUGCUGUGCGAUUCGAAGAGAAGAUCUAUACCGCAGCGACCAGCCAGUCUGAUUAUUUGCGGAAGGUUUCUCUGAAAAUGCUCUCUAUGGAGACGAGGACACAACAGGCUCCUGGAAAUGCUCAAGUGAUUCCAAAUCAAAACUACCCUGGUCAAGGAUGACCUAGACGAUCAUGUUGAUGUUACAAACUUAUGUCUCCAGCGUGUGCAAAAGAGGCUUGCAGUUCUGAUCAAGCGCACCAAGGGUGGCUGCUCCUGCAUGUCCCUGCUGUUAUCUGUCGUCCCUAUAGUGAUUAUUGUGGUUAUUGUAUGGAUUCUCAUGAAGUAUCUGUAACCCCUUCCCAACUGAAAUCAGUUUAAGAUGUACAGAAUUUCAAAGAUAGUAUGAUUACUUUCA